AUGCAAAAAUACGAGAAACUCGAAAAAAUAGGCGAAGGGACAUACGGAACCGUGUUUAAAGCAAAAAACAGAGAGACCCUCGAAAUAGUCGCAUUAAAACGAGUACGGCUAGACGACGACGACGAGGGAGUCCCAUCUUCAGCAUUGCGAGAAAUAUGUUUAUUAAAAGAACUCAAACACAAAAACAUCGUUCGGCUGUACGACGUGUUACAUAGCGACAAAAAACUUACGCUCGUCUUUGAACACUGUGAUCAAGAUUUGAAAAAGUACUUUGAUAGUUUAAACGGAGACAUAGAUUUAGAUGUGGUCAAAUCGUUUAUGUACCAAUUGCUUAGAGGAUUGGCGUUUUGUCACAGCCAUAACGUGUUACAUAGGGAUUUGAAACCCCAAAAUUUGUUAAUUAAUAAGAACGGCGAAUUAAAAUUGGCGGAUUUUGGUUUGGCUAGAGCUUUUGGUAUUCCAGUGAAGUGCUAUUCAGCUGAGGUGGUUACAUUGUGGUACAGGCCUCCUGAUGUCUUAUAUGGAGCUAAACUGUAUACUACUUCUAUUGAUAUGUGGUCAGCUGGCUGUAUUUUUGCAGAAUUAGCAAAUGCAGGCCGACCAUUAUUCCCUGGAUCAGAUGUAGAUGAUCAAUUAAGACGAAUCUUUAAAUUAUUGGGUACACCUACUGAAGAAACAUGGACUGGUAUGACCCAAUUACCAGAUUAUAAACCAUUUCCCAUGUACCAGCCCAAUAUGAGCAUGUCACAGGUAGUACCUAAAUUAGGAAACAGAGGGCGAGAUUUGCUUCAAAAGUUGUUAGUCUGCAAUCCAAUGGGUAGAAUGUCUGCAGAUGAUGCAAUGGCACAUCAAUAUUUUGUUGAUUUAAACCCCUCUAUAAAGAAUGACAGGUGUUAAUACUCGAUAACUAUUUUUUUGGCAUUAAGUGAAGAAAAUUUAGUUAAUGGUUUAUUUUCUUUUUUUUUGAUUAGGUCAAUUUGACUGAUAUAAUUUUUUUUUAACUUAUUUAUUUUUGUUUCUUUCAAGUUUUUUUUAUUCCUUACAAUGCUUAUUUUAGGUUAAAAAAGAGUGCCACAUUUGUUUAUAUUAUCUAGUAAGUAAAUUUGUACUUAACAUCUAGUCACUUUUGUUAAGAAGGUGUACAACAUUUUUAAAGUCCUAUUUUUUAUAAAUUAUACAUUUUUAAAAGUGUAAUAUGAUCACCAUUGAAUAAAAUUUUUUACUAUGA